AUGGCGAAGAAGGUUAUAGCUCUGGUCAGCCCAAAAAUACCGACCACCUACGGAAACUCCGUAAUCCACCAGUCACAUAUUGAUUGCUUCGUUGAAAGUGAUAGAGAACUCUACGGACAUCAAGAAAUCCCGAAAGUAUCA